AUGCCGCCCAAAAAGACCUACAAGAGAGACAGAAGACUGACUCGCCGCGCCGCAGCCAUCAGCGACGAUGAGAUGUCCGACGUGGGCGGCGACAUUGUCGCCCCCGCCCCGGUAAAAGCCACUCGCGGGAAGAGCCAGUCGAUCGACUACGCGGACGACGUCAGUGAUGCCAAGAGCGAACCUAGGAGCGACGCCGGCAUUCCCAAGAUCUCGGGCGACCUCAACGGCGACGCCGACGAUGCGAACGGUGAUGACGACGAAGACGAAGACCUUGACGCCGACGAGUAUGUCGUAGAGAAGAUUCUCGAUCACCAGGUCGGCGAAGAUGGCCUGGUCAACUUCAGAGUAAAGUGGGAAGGCUACUCGAAGAAGUCGGAUCAGACGUGGGAGCCCGAGGACAGUCUCAAGGAGGGCGCUGCCGAAAUCUUGGAGGAGUACCUGAGGACCAUUGGCGGUCGUGAGGCGCUGUUCGAGCAAAAGUCACAGGCCAAGGCGACCAAGAAGCGCGGCCGUCCCGCUACCUCCACGCCGCCCGCGGGUAAGAGGUCUAGAAGAAACGGACACCCUGCCGACUCUACGCCACCAGCAUCCGCAACUGCUGCCAAGGGCAAGGCCUGGACUCUGCCCAGCGGCAGCUGGGAGGAUGAAGUCGAGAGUAUUGAUGCCUGCCAGGACGAGCAGACGGGCGCGCUGGUGAUCUAUCUUAACUGGGCGAAUGGCCAAAAGACGAAGCACCCUACGGAAGUGGUCUACAAGCGAUGCCCGCAGAAGAUGCUUCGCUUCUACGAGAAACACAUUCGCAUUGUCAAGUCAGAGCCCGAGGCCGAUGCGGACAACAACUUUGGAAACUCCAAGGCCGAGUCUGCUGCGCCAGAGGCCGAGAUGUAG